GACAGAGCGAGAGAGUUCGUAUUCGUUUUCGCUGAUCUUUCUCUCUCAGCUCAUCUAAGCCCAGCCGUCGUUCGUUUUGUUUGGUUCCUGAGAAAAUCAGAAAGAAAGGUUAAUUUUUUUGUUAUUAUUAUUUUUGUGUCAUAAAAUUAAUCAGUUCGAGAUGCAAGCCGUGGUGCUGAAUCCACCACUGCCGUACUGCACAGCCCAACAACCCAUUCAGCCAUCGGUCUCCAAGAGUUGGAGCUCGUUCAGAGGCCCCCAUGUUUCGUUUAGCAGAGGCUCGUGUAGCCUUGUUAGGAUUCGGUUGCCUUCAGCUUCAAAAGGGUUAGUUGUAAAGGCUGUUGCUACUCCAGAUUCAGCAGUGGAAUUACCACUAACUGCAGAGAACGUCGAAACUGUAUUGGAUGAAGUUCGACCAUAUCUAAUUGCAGAUGGUGGGAAUGUAGCAUUGCAUGAAAUUGAUGGAAAUGUGGUACGGUUGAAGCUACAGGGAGCUUGUGGCUCUUGUCCAAGUGCUGUUAUGACAAUGAAAAUGGGCAUUGAGCGUCGUUUAAUGGAAAAAAUCCCUGAAAUAGUUGCAGUGGAACCAAUUGCAGAUGAAGAAACAGGCUUGGAGUUGAAUGAAGAAAAUAUAGAGAAGGUACUUGAAGAAAUAAGGCCUUACCUUGUUGGAGAAGCUGGGGGAUCUCUUGAGCUUGUGACAAUAGAGGAGCCAAUAGUAAAAAUUCGGAUUACAGGACCGGCGGCAGGUGUGAUGACAGUAAGGGUUGCUGUUACACAGAAAUUGAGGGAAAAAAUUCCAGCAAUCGCUGCAGUUCAGCUUCUCUAAAGGAAUUGGCUCAUUUUAUAAUUGUUUCAAAUUUUUUGUCCAACGGUUCUUUAGAUAAAAGAGUGUGUAUAAGCUCUGUAAGCCCUUGGCAAUGAUGUUUACUCAGUCAGUGUAUAGUAUUGUAAACUACAGAUGCAGUGAUGUUACUUGAGGAAAUUUUAAGUAUGGGGCCUUUUAUACAAGUUUUUCACUUUUCAAAACUCUCCAA